GCGUUCCUUUAUCACCUCACAGCAGUUAAAUUAAUCGUACAUGAACUCCCACCACAUAGUUCCGGAGGAAAACUUGGAUUCGAGCUAAUCUCAAACUAUGGACUCUAAUAGAUGACUCAGGGAGCCCUUUGCAGGUUGUCGACUGAGGAAACACUUAGGUAGACCGUGAACUUGGAAGCGCAAUUUUUUGGAUAAAUUUAAUCGACAUCAACUGUCUGUGCUUCGUUUGUAUUCUGUGGCCUUCAACACUGGUAAUUUCACUGGAUAACACGAAAUACCAUCUACGAACGAUCUGCUGAGUUGAUUUCGCUUGUGGCCACAGAUCCAGAUAGACGAUCGUUUUGAUUCUGUCUGCUAACUAGGUAAGGCAGCGUGAAUGUAUUCAAGGUAUGGUGGUUUAUGAGGGCUAAACAUCUGUCGAAAUGGCUGUAAGAACAUGCGGAUGGCUUGCUCUUUUGGUCAUUCUAUCUUACGUCCCUUCGCCGAUCGCGGAAGAAGUUAAACUUGGCCUUUUAAUCCCUUUCAAAAGCGCUGGUCGAAUCGGGAACUACUUCCAUCGAGGCGAGUUCUUUGCCUCGGCCAUGAGUAUCGCAGUAGAUGAUAUCAACCGAAGGCCUGACCUUCUUCCUGGUAUAAAUGUCACUUUCAUCUGGAACGACACCGACUGCGAAGAGCUUAAAACGCUGCAGUCCGUAGUAUAUCAAAUGAAUCAAGGCGUUACGGCAUUUAUCGGCCCGGGAUGUAGCUGUAACACUUCUGCCAGGCUGGCUGCAUCAUUCAGUAAGACCAUGAUAUCAUAUAUGUGUGGCAAUCCUGAUGUUUCGUACAAGAAGUUGUAUCCGACCUUUAUUCGAACGUUUGCUGUUGACACUAAACUCACACCAAGUCUACUGUCACUGCUCAAUUACUUCAAUUGGAAGAGAGUGGCGAUUAUCUACGAAAACGUAACGAAAUGGAUCGAAAUGAAGGAUAACUUGGCCACACGAUUGAGAGCGAAAGGAAUAACUGUGGCUCUGGAACUGCUUACGCAUCAUUCAGCGCUGUACAGGCCUAAAAACCAUUCAGACAAUUACAGAGAAAUUAUGAGAAAGGUCAAGGAAGAAGCUCGAAUUGUGGUUUUUGUGUCCGAUUUCCACAUAGCCAGGGAAGGGAUGCUUCACGCAUAUGAUGAAGACAUGAUAAAUGGCGAUUACGCUUUUAUAAUGUUUGAACUGGAUCAAGCUCAAAUGGCAAUGUACACCGGGAAGCCUUUCAAGUGGUUUUUCAGCAGCCACUGGGAAACUUUGAAUAGAUAUGAACAUUUGAAGAAAGCCUUUGAAGCUGUUUUUGUCCUGGCCAUAAAAAGUCCUACUUCCGAAAGCUACACCAGCUUUGCAGAGGAGUUGAAGCGCCGUUCCCCUGACCCUCCGUUUAACAGCGAAGUAUACAAAGGCUAUCUGUGGGACAACAAGUCAAGCUUCCCUGCAAACAAAUCUCGGCCACCAAUUUACGGAGCUUAUCUUUACGAUGCCGUGUACCAGUACGCGAUUGCGCUCAACAAAACAUUGGCAGAGAAGGAACCUUUGACAGGAAAGAACAUCGCAAACAAGCUACAUGAUAUCCAAUACGACAGCAUACUUGGAUACAAGAUUCAUUUUGAUGUAAAUGGAGAUGCCGAGUUCAAUUUAACGUUACUGGAUAUGCAAGGUGUUACAGGCGAGGGAGAUAUGAUUCCAGUUGGGGAUUUCCAAAUCAAGUUCGAUAAUACAACGAAAGGAGGAGAACAGGUUUUUAUUAGACGGGCAAACGUUACCAUAAAAUGGCCUGGUGGACGAAAGGGGCCCCCAAGGGACUCCCCUGAGUGCGGCUUUCAUGGAGAAUUGUGUAUUGAACCCGAGAAAGGAGAUGCCAAGACCAAAAUAAUUGCCGGAGUGUCAGGAGCACUUGCCCUCCUAUCGCUGCUCUUACUCCUUAACAUCUACAGGCAGUACAGGCUUGAGCGUGAACUAAAAAGUCUGCUCUGGAAGGUCGACUACAAUGAGAUCUGUUUUGAGAAGAAAAGGAAUUCCAUUUCGUCCUUUGGAAGCUGUGUGAAGGAAAACGAUCCUGAUAUGUUUGAACCCCUUCUCGAAGAUGACGAUGAGGUUUUAAAGGUCACCGCUGUCGGAGUUUACAAGGGAAAUCUCGUUGCAGUCAAACGCUUGGCCAAGAAAAAUAUAGAUCUAACGAGAACUGUGUUAAUGGAACUAAAACAGAUGCGCGACCUGAGGCAUGACAAUCUAAAUCCAUUCAUCGGCGCAUGCGUGGAUCCACCAAACAUCUGCAUCAUUUCGCAGUACUGCUCCAAGGGGAGCCUUCAGGAUAUUUUGGAAAACGAGGAUGUCAAGUUGGAUCAUAUGUUCAUAGCUUCACUUGUUUCUGACAUAGUUAAGGGGAUGUGUUUUAUCCAGAGCACAGAUAUCAAGUCACAUGGUGAUCUUAAAUCACCCAACUGCUUGGUGGAUAGCCGCUGGGUGUUAAAAAUUGCAGAUUACGGGCUCCCAACCUUUAAGGAAAAGCAAAGGAAAACGUACCCGUCGGAGUAUGCGUACUACAGAGAUCUUCUAUGGGUUGCGCCGGAGAUUUUACGCCUUCCAAAUCGUCCUGCUAGAGGAACGCAGAAGGGCGAUGUCUACAGCUUUGCAAUCAUUUUGCAAGAGUUCCAUACAAGGGAAGGUCCCUACAGUUCCAGCUAUAUGGAUCCCAAGGAUAUUGUAAGCCGGGUACAGAACGGAGAAUUUCCGCCUUUCCGCCCGACUGUAUCAGAGCUGAUCACCGGAGUGGAAGAAAUCCGGGAACUGAUGAAACAGUGUUGGGAAGAAAGUCCAGACUUACGACCAGACUUCCACGAAAUCAAGAAGAUUAUGAACAAGAUUUUAACCAACAACGGAAUGAAAACAAACAUUUUUGACAACGUUGUUUAUAUGAUGGAAAAGUACGCUGAUAACUUGGAAGAACUGGUGAUUGAACGAACUGGUCAGUUGAUCGAAGAAAAGAAGAAGACUGACGCUCUGUUGGAAAGAAUGUUGCCAAGGCCUGUUGCAGAGCAGCUCAAGAGAGGCAAAGCGGUAGAGGCGGAAAGUUUCCAUGAAGUCUCGAUUUACUUUAGUGACAUUGUUGGAUUCACUGAGCUCUCUGCAGAAAGUACUCCUCUACAGGUUGUUACUCUUUUGAAUGACUUGUACACUCUAUUUGAUGACAUCAUAAGUGAAUAUGACGUUUACAAGUGCGCUCCUUCUGCCCGGCAGGUGGAGACAAUUGGUGACGCUUACAUGGUUGUGUCAGGGCUACCCAUCAGAAAUGGCCAUCAACACGCUGGUGAGAUUGCGCGCAUGGCGUUGCACUUGAUUGAGGCUGUGAAGAAAGACUUUACAGUUCGUCACAAGAGUGAUUACAAACUUAAACUACGUGUUGGAAUUCACAGUGGUCCUGUGGUGGCAGGUGUUGUUGGAAUAACUAUGCCACGUUACUGUUUAUUUGGUGACACAGUCAACACUGCAUCUCGGAUGGAAUCAAAUGGAGAAGCUCUAAGAAUUCAUAUCAGCGAGGUGACAAAGAGAAUACUUGAAGCUUUGGGAGGCUUCAUAGUCGAAACUCGAGGCGAGGUGUUCCUGAAGGGAAAGGGAAAUAUGACAACUUAUUGGCUUAUGGAUGCAGCACAGAAACCAGUCCAUAAGCCUCGGCGCCCCAUACCAAAUGGCUUCCUUACGGACUCCCCCCUCCUUUCUUUACCCGGAUUUAAAAGUACUUUGGCGGGGUCAUGCUCAUCAGUAUCCCUGGGAAUAAGACGUUCCCCGUCGCUGCGCCGUAGUCAGUUCCGUGGCUCCCAGGGGUCUCCAAUUUUGAAAAGAUGGCAGAAGAUUGAGGAUGGUCCCAAGAAUUCCCCAAGAAACAGCUUGAUUAAGACAAAUGCCAAUGCCACUCAGCAGACUAUUGUAUGAAAGCGAAAACACU